AUGUUUCUCCUCGCCCCUGGCCACAGAGAAUAUGCGCAAGCCUUGCGCCCACUAGGAACCACUGGAAUGGGGGCUGUUUCUGGCUUUUGGCUCGUUCAGGCGCAACACCAGUACGAGAGUAUUCCGGGAUUGAAUCGGACAGGUCGACUCAAAGCUGAAACACGGGGUGCGAUAGUGGAGGAGAAGAAGGGUUGCGCCGAUUUGUCUAGGUCGAUCCGAUUGCGCGGGCUGCUAGCAUGUGCUGGAGCUCUGCCGUUGGGUGGGGGUGGAUUGUCCUCGUAUGACGCCGCUGGGCUGGAUGCGUGA